AAGGCGGGAACGGAUAAGAUAGCAAAAGCACCUUCCGUUCUCCCCCCUUCCUUUCGUCUCUUCUCCAUGACCGCCGCCGCCGCCACCUUCCUUCCCCUCACCCCAACCCCUGCUCCCCGCACUCGCCUCCCCAUCUCUCGUCACCGACCCCCACCCAUCUGCGCCAGUGCUGCUGACACGCCGCCCACAGAUGCCGAGUCAGACGAGGAAGAGGCCCCGCGCAACGGCCGGAAGGACCGGCGCCGCGUGGUGCGUAUUGCGUGGGAGAAGCUCGUCCGGUGGUCUCGCUCCUGGCGCCGCCGCAACCGCAGCGACGUUCUCCAGACCACGCGCAAGGUGGUAGUUCUCGGAGGGGGCUCGUUCGGGACGGCGAUGGCGGCGCAGGUGGCGGCCAAGAAGGCCGACCUCGAGGUGUCAAUGCUGCUCCGGGACGACCUCGUCUGCCGCUCCAUCAACCACCACCAUGUCAACUGCAAAUACUUAUCACAGUACAGGCUGCCAGAAAAUGUUGUUGCAACAACUAGUGCUAGUGAUGCUUUAGCAGGAGCUGAUUUCUGCUUCCAUGCCGUCCCAGUUCAGUUCAGUUCAUCCUUUCUUGAAAGUAUUUCAACACAUGUUGAUCCGAAGUUGCCAUUCAUAUCACUUAGCAAAGGUCUGGAACUUAACACCCUUCGGACAAUGUCUCAAAUCAUUCCUCGAGCAUUGGGAAAUCCUCGCCAACCAUUUAUUGUCCUGUCAGGGCCUUCUUUUGCAGUGGAAAUGAUGGACAAACUGCCAACAGCUAUGGUGGUGGCAUCCAAAGACAAAAAGCUAGCAAGUGCUGUUCAGCAGCUGUUAGCCUCUUCAAAUUUGAGGAUAAGCACAUCAAGUGACGUUACAGGUGUAGAAAUUGCAGGCGCACUUAAAAAUGUUCUUGCAAUAGCAGCAGGUAUAGUAGAAGGUAUGCAUCUCGGAAACAACUGUAUGGCUGCCCUUGUUGCUCAAGGCUGUUCUGAAAUUCGAUGGUUGGCGACAAAGAUGGGGGCGAAGCCAACAACCCUGGCUGGUUUAUCUGGCUCAGGUGAUAUCAUGCUUACAUGUUUUGUCAAUCUUUCACGGAAUAGAAACGUGGGACUGCGGCUUGGUUCAGGCGAAAAACUUGAUGAAAUCUUGAAUUCAAUGAAUCAGGUUGCUGAAGGUGUAUCAACUGCUGGUGCUGUCAUCGCAUUGGCUCAGAAGUACAAUGUCAAACUUCCAGUCUUGACAGCAGUAGCACGGAUAAUUGAUAAUGAAUUAACUCCGAAGAGGGCUGUUAUGGAGUUGAUGAAUCUUCCACAGGUUGAGGAAGUCUAACAGGAAUCCCAAGGAAUGGAGCCACUGUCUCAGUUGCUCUAGCAGACUCAAAUGUGUCUACCAAAUCUGGUCAUCUGUAUUUUCGAGGGGAGCUCUCUUCAAUCCAUCCAGUCAUGAUGAUUGCUUCCAGGGGCAUCACUGAUUUUGCACUUUGAUGAAGAGUUUAUGCUUUUCUGUGCGCUUAUGUGCAAAUGCAGAGUGAAGAUAUACAAUUAUACAUUAUAAGGGCUAGAAAUUAAAGGAACAAUGUCUCAUGUUUCAUUAUCCAAAACAAGACUAUGGCUGUAGGUUUCAUAACUGGAGCAAGGAAUCCACUGCAUUUAGGUUUUAUUCUUUUGAUAAAAAGUUCCUCUUUGCAUUUAGAAGGAUAUAGUAAAACAAUAACUAGACGAGGACAUUGUGUUACCUAUUGAGCCAUGGAUGUGCCUCUCUACUCGGUGUGCACAAUGUGUCGCAGGUAACUCAUGAACCAAAUUGUUGAUUUGUCAUUGUCCCGUUGAGGCUCAGCUGCUGUGAUGUGCUUUCACA